AUUAUCCCUAAAAUAAUCUUUAUAUUAAAUAUACUAUUAUAAUCUUUACUAGCAUAAAGAUUAUAGUAGACUCCGGAGAUUGUUCGUGUGUCAAAGUUGGAGGCCGGACGCUUGAACGGCUACAUUUGCUCCUUCAACAUCUUUUGCUCGACUUCUCGUUCAUACCGCUUUACCGGAGAAGAGUUCGCAGGUAGCAUGACAGUAGGAUGUCCGACCGGUGCGGAUGUGAAGACACCCGUGUUCGGUCCAAGUGAGGGAAUGACCGGUAUGGCCGAAGCCAUAUUUGGUCCGAGUGGGGUGACCAUUGCGGCCGUAGCCGCGGUUGGUCCAAUAACCGAGGUGACUGGAGCGGACCCCAUAGUCGCGCUCGAUCCAACGAAUGUGGUGAUCAGAGUGGUCUGCCCUACAGAGCCACCCAAUCCAGCCGAAACGUUCACAACCAGAGUCUCGGAACUACUCCCGUUUCCGCCCUGGAACCGACUUCAACAUAGGCUUCCUCUUUGGAGUUCAAUUCGAUGCUCUUGGGGCCGGACUGGGCAUGAAUCGAAGUACACGAUCUUCUUCAAUGUUUGGAUUCUGCGGCCAUCAUCAUCCCUCAAAUAACAAGCAUCCAUUAUCGCAAGAUCUAUUCCAAAAUUCAUCUUCAUUAUCCAUCACUGUCAAAGAAUAUAUCUGGUGGUUUUUCCAAAUCAGUGUGAAUUGAUGAUGCACCAAAUACCAUCAAGAUGCACCAAAUAGAACCCUUGCUGGUUAGUAAGAAUGGAUGGCUUAUGAACGUGUUAAUGUAGAAUUAGGGUUUGUAGCUGCUAAAAGAGCAUAAUCUAUAUGGAGAUGCAUACUAAACAGAUGAAAGUGUUGAUUUUAUUAUUACUGACACAUGGAAACCAGUGAAGAUGCUCAUGAGGAGGAAUCUUAAGGUCUACAAUAAGUUUGGUUAUAGCAUAUCUUAAACACUUGAUUUACCUUACUCAAGUAAUGUUGAACAAGGAUGUUGGGACCGACGUUCUUGAUAUUAAUCUUAGCAAUGCGAUGGUUUUUGGCUUAUUAGUUUUCCUUGGGGCUUAGUUGCUUUU